AAUUGUUUCAUUCCAAUGCCAAUUCCAAGUAAGCAUACAAAUAUCGGCCGUUCUCAGAGCUGGGAUGCUGCAGGAUGGUAUGAAGGCAACUGGGAGAAUGAAAAUGCAUUUGAAUAUCAGAGACCAACAGGGAGGAGAAAUUCGCUGACUUACGGUGGAGAAGGAGGUUGGUAUGAGCAGCCAAACCAUAGACCGCAUGAUAUCAUCUUGCAAGGAGGUGCUGAAUUGAAGCAAGAGCCAUACCCAUAUCAGGAUCCAGUUUUUAACCAGGGUCCCUUACGGAAGGGUUCUGUUCCCGACUUCACUUACUACGACAGACAGGCUGCAAUGUCUGGACGAAGCUCCUUGCCAUCUCAGGAUUAUUACAGUGACCCAUCUUUAGCCGCUAGAUCACCUAAAGAUCCACGCUACUAUAGAGACCACAUGAUUAAUAGAUCAUUACCGAAUUAUGGGAUUCCCAGUAGCAGAUUGGCUUGGGAUCAGGUACAAGGACGGUCACCUGCCCAACACGAAGCCAGCCGUAUGUAUAGGGAUCCCAUGAGUAAAAUGAUCCAAGAGGGGCAGAGAAUGCGAAACAGAGAUCCUUCUCCUGCAAGGUAUGGUGUUGAACAGCCCACCCCUAGAUAUGGAACAGAACCAUCAUCAUUUCCCAACAGGCAGGUCUAUAGUGAUACAGCAGAGAGACCUAUAGAGUCUGCAGCUGCUAGACAAACUACUCCAACGUGCUUGGUAGUCGAUCCAAAUUCUGCUACUGUUCCUGAUGGGAGCAUAGGUCCAUCUGCCGUUGCUGUAAAUCGUGGUUAUGGACCCAUCAGGGAAAAUGUCAAUGCAAAGAUUCCUUAUGAUAGUUAUGAAUCUGCCAUGACUCCUUCCCAUUCUCAGAUGCCCUCAGCUUUCCCAGGACAAGACAUUAAAAGAAACUUUGAUCCGGAGUUCCUAGCACUUCUGCGUUCAGAAGGCGUGUCCGAAAGCACAUUCAGUGCUUUGCUGCAGCAAGGGUUUGAUUCUCCGAGCCUGCUCGCGAUGAUGGAAGAGAAUGAUAUAAAAUCUGUAGCUCCAAAUCUUGGACAGGCCAGGGUGCUUUUCCGCAUUGCCCAUAACUACAAAACAGAAAUGCAGCUACAAAGGCAUGAUAGGAAGAACAGCACACUCCGUCCCAGGACCCGAUCUAACAGCUUUAGUCAUCGAAGUGAACUGCUGCAGAAUGAAUAUGGCAUGCACCCUGCCACGGGUCCUGGUGUAGACGGCACAACUAUGCAGCAACCACCUCCUCCUUCUCUACAGCCAGUAUCACCAAGAGUAGGAGAAAUAAAUCGUCGCCCAUCCAGUGCCCCCACACAGCACCUUCUGGAAACUGCAACUUAUUCUGCAUCUGGGGCAACUCAUCAAGGUGCUCAUUUUCUAGCUAAUUCUGGAUACAACACUCCUUUACCAUGCAACAUGCACACUCGUCCAGUGUCUGCCUAUUCCACUCCAACUGGAUUACCAGGGACUACAGUGCAGACUAACCCACAUGCAAGUCCCAAAACAGCAUAUCCAACCACUUACACAGUGCCCAUGGAGCUGCUGAAGAGGGACCGAAAUACGUCAAUGUCCCCAAUGCAUAGCCCACACAACAGCCCUCAGCUUCUCCGAAAGCAAGGAGCCCAAAUGGAUUCCACCCUGGCUCUUGCUGGCCCAAGUUUUCACAUGCAACAUUCUCCUUAUCAGAAACUCACCAGACGCACUGGACCACCAGUUAUUGUCUCAACCAUGGCGUCACCUGAACCAAGUAUUCGCCCACAAAUAAUGAAUGGCCCUAUGCAUCCUCGUCCUUUGGUGGCUUUGUUAGAUGGAAGAGACUGUACAGUGGAGAUGCCAAUUUUGAAAGACUUGGCUACUGUUGCAUUCUGUGAUGCACAAUCAACUCAGGAGAUUCACGAGAAGGUAUUAAAUGAAGCCGUUGGGGCAAUGAUGUACCACACUAUCACCCUCACCCGAGAAGAUCUAGAGAAGUUCAAGGCCUUAAGGGUCAUCGUUCGAAUAGGCAGUGGCUAUGACAACAUCGAUAUCAAAGCUGCAGGGGAGCUCGGGAUUGCUGUCUGCAAUAUCCCAUCAGCAGCUGUGGAAGAGACUGCAGAUUCCACCAUAUGCCAUGUCCUAAACCUCUACAGGCGGAACACGUGGCUGUAUCAAGCACUGAGGGAAGGGACCCGGGUGCAGAGUGUGGAACAGAUAAGGGAGGUGGCCUCAGGAGCAGCUCGGAUCAGAGGAGAAACUCUCGGCCUCAUUGGAUUUGGUCGCACUGCGCAGGCAGUUGCAGUUCGAGCCAAGGCAUUUGGAUUCAGUGUGAUAUUUUACGACCCAUACCUGCAGGAUGGGAUAGAAAGGUCUCUGGGCGUCCAGCGAGUCUACACACUCCAGGACCUGCUAUAUCAGAGUGACUGUGUAUCGUUGCACUGUAACCUUAAUGAACAUAAUCACCACCUUAUCAAUGACUUCACGAUCAAGCAGAUGAGGCAGGGAGCAUUCCUAGUAAACACAGCACGCGGUGGGCUUGUGGACGAGAAAGCCUUAACUCAAGCCCUGAAGGAAGGAAGGAUACGAGGAGCAGCGCUUGAUGUGCAUGAAUCAGAGCCAUUUAGUUUUGCUCAAGGCCCAUUGAAAGAUGCUCCUAAUUUAAUUUGUACUCCGCACACUGCUUGGUACAGCGAGCAGGCAUCCCUAGAGAUGAGAGAGGCUGCUGCUACUGAAAUCCGUCGCGCAAUCACAGGUCGCAUCCCAGAAAGCCUAAGAAACUGCGUGAACAAGGAAUUCUUUGUCACAACAGCCCCGUGGUCAGUAAUAGAUCAGCAAGCACUUCAUCCAGAGCUCAAUGGUGCCACAUACAGAUCAGCCACUUUUGGAGUAUGCUUGCCCACUGUAAAGUAUGAGCGCAUUUUUCAGGUGUAGCAGUAGAGGCCAGGAUACCAGGUAUUUUAAUGAGAUGCAACAUGUGUGUGUCCACAGCGUGUGUUGGGUGAGUUGGUUUGUUUUUGCUCAUGAGCAAAGUUAACAUUUGAAGCCACAACUUGGAAAAUGUGGCCAACAUGGACCAAACUUUUUAGCACAGUUGGUCUAAUUUAGGAUCAAGAUCCUUGUGCCAGUGGAACUAAGAAGUCAUAAUUGACAAUGGCCUUUUCUUCCCCCAUCAAUUAGGAUGAAACCAUCUACUUCCCUUCUCACCUUCACCUCUGAGUUCCAUGUAAGUCUAACCCUGCUCCUGAAAUUUCUUACCCACAUCUUUUCUUUUAGCCCUUGCCCUCUCCACUUCAUACCAAAGCUACUAUUAUCUUCAUCUGAAUGGCUGCCUCUCCCUCCUCAGUCUCUUUGAGCUGUUGUCACUUCAGCAGAGUCUGUUGCAUCCCCCUCUUGUGCACUUUCCUUCUGGAACAUACUCUUCCCUUUGUGACUGCUCCUCUGAUGGAAGGGACUUCAUGCUUGGCCCUUGCUCCAGUUUUACACAUGCUUUUGAUGCCUUAGUUUCAGCUCUCCCCUCCAUACUGAUGACUUACAGAUCUUUCUCCAUCAGACUCAUCUUGUAUUUCUUCCUGGCUGUCACAUUUCCUUUGCAAGCUCAGAAUCGGUUCUGCUCUCCACCUACAUCUCUUCCUCUCUUUAUUAUGGUUGAAAAUGCCACCACCCUCCAGCACCUAAGUUAAUCAUCAUGAUUUUGCUUUUGCUACCUCUCCCCACCUCAGGCUUCGAGUGAGAUCAUGUCGUUUCUUUCUUUCCCUAACAUCUGUCCUGUCCUCUCCAUCUCUGAUCCAUGCCUUGGUUAUCUCAUCUUGUCUACUAUAAACUCCACCAGUCUGCCCUCUGUGUUUAUCACCAUAUGCCCUGCCAGAGUGUGACUGCAUUAUUGGCUCCUGCCCCUCUUAAUCCCAUCAUUUUUCUUCAUACUAAGCUCAAGGUAUUUGUCCUUGUCCUCUUUCAAGGUUCUGCAUCAUUCCCCCUCUGCAUACAUCUCAUCUUACAAGCCCUAUCGCUCGCUGUGUUCCUUCCUACUUUUAGCUUUGCACCAUUUAUUAGCCCCAUGCCUGAGCACAAACUGUGCUCUAGAUCCUGGCUUCUCAGACAGCCCCCCUACUGCACUAGUUCAAAUAAGACCAUAAAGCAGCCCUAAUUAGACAGCUGAGGGGAAUUCUAGGCAGCAUGGAGAGGUUCUGGCAGGAGGCAUGGUUAGUGCAUUGCUACUUUCUAGAACCUGGCUGGCAUAAUAGCUGCUAUCCCACAGUGAGCACAAUACGCGGUAGCUCUCCCAGCCGGGUGUAGCUGCAGUAUGCUCCCUGCAGCCCAGAAAUUCUCCUAAGUAUUGCCAGCACCUAUGUCAGCUAACCCAAAAUUCCUCCCUCUAACAUCCCUUGGCUCUUCCCUAUAAAUGCAGCCAUUGAAAUAUUUUCCUGGGUCUUUAAAGCAGGGUAAGCUUUUCCAACUUUCAUGCCCCCGGAAAGGAUUGAAUUCAAAGGUAUUUGCUACACCUGUCACAUCUUACAUGAAAAAUAAGCUGCUACCAGACUUUUAUUCAUCAGAGUUAAGAAUAUUUAUGGCUAAAAUUGUGUCCUCAUGACCUUUGGUUGUCCCACAGGUAUACAGCCCAUCUAUAUCAACUUCAUAGCCACAGUAGAAUACAAGCUGUAUGUUCAACUUAUUACCUUCCCAUGAAACAUUUAGCUCCAUAAGCAUGGUUCAAACUGUUAGUUGUCCACUUUUACAAGAAUCAUUUUCAGAGGACUGACUUCAGUGAAGUGUUUGCAUGGUAAUAAUGGUCCACCAGAUGUUUUUCCCUUUAGAAGAGAUUAUGCCAAUAUAGUUAGAAUAUCUUCGUGUGUCUCGGUGAUAUAGCACAACUAGUGCAAGUUAGGGACCUCAUUGAGCUCACUUUCACAUACAACCUGCUGCCAGGCUACAUUCUUGUACCAUAAAAUGUAUCUCAGGCAAUAAAUUAACACGAGGCCAGUAGAUGUGUUCAGAUCCUUCCUAAGUGAGAAGCUGAUUUCUAUGGUUAAGACAGCUGAAAAAACAUAAUGGGGUGGUUGUGGUGUCAAUAGGAAAGCUCAGCUUGAGCAACUAUGAGUUAAUUUAAAAAAAUAAUGCAUAAAGCCUGUGCGCUAACAAUAUGCAAAAUUAAGCACAUCGGGGCCUUUAUCUUUAAAGGAUUGCAACUAACUGGCUGGCACGAGGCAAGACAAAAAAGGGUAGUGAAGUAUGAUACCUGAUGGUGAAGGAAGCCUUGGUUGCAUUUUAAAUAUUCAAUACAUUUAUUUCCCCACCCCAACAGUUUUACCCAAUUCAAAUAGAAGUUUUUCAGUUCUUGCCUUACUUCCUGCUAGCUGGGCAUGGGAAUUGUCCCUUAGGUUACAAUGGUAGUGCUGUUUAGAGACUGAUCUCCUUCUCUACACUAGAAGAGAUUAAACAUGGAAUAAUACCCUAAAUAAAGUUCAAAAUAACAUUUAUAUAAACACUUCGGUAACAACAAAUGCUGAAAGCAUUUUCCUCCUACUUUUUCACCCCCUCACGCUAGUGGAUUUUUUUUAUAAUAGAGGAAGUGCUCUUCUUCACCCAUUAAAGUCUUCAUCAGUUACAAGGUAUGGCUGUAAAUCACACGAGUCCAUAUUCAGGGAUCUUUUCACAUCAGCGCCUAGUGGCCACUAGUGUAUCUACUGAAGGGCUUUCAGGUUCUGUAUAAAGGCUAAAGCCUCAUUCCAUUUCCUUAUAAAUUUAUCAUUUAAGUAGUUUUGUGUCAAGGGCUACUGCAAUGUUAUUGCUUCAAAAAAAUCUUGAUGUGGAGGUAUGUGAUUAGUCUAUGGGGUGAAGGCGUAUUGGCAUGACUGUUACUAUCACUACACCAGUGGAUAGAGACUACACCAGCUGCAGUUUGUUUCUCCCUGUCUGAUCAUAGCUCCCUUGAAGUGAUGUGGAAAAUAAAUGUGCACAGCCCUAGCUGGACUAUUUUACUUUAAAAAUUAGUUCAACUUUAAGCUUUUGAGCAAACAGUAGGUUUGUUUUGUUUUUUUUAAAUGUCUUAGGUGUUAAAAUAGUUACACCUUGCUGCCUGUUUUGGUGAAUUAUAGACACCACUACACAGGUAAUUUGUUCGGGUUAUUCCUUAAUACAUGUCUUUCUACAGUAUUUUUGCCUAUUGGUAUCAUUACCUGUUUCUUCCUAGAUAUCCACCUGGCAUGGUCAGUGUCGCACCUGGGGGGAUUCCAGCAGCAAUGGAGGGCAUCAUACCUGGAGGCAUUCCCGUUACCCACAAUCUUCCAACAGUGGCACACCCUUCUCAAGCUCCAUCUCCUAACCAGCCCACAAAACAUGGGGACAACAGGGAGCACCCUAAUGAGCAAUAGCAGCUAAUUUAAAAAUUAUUCAAUAAACUUGGGACC